AUGUUGAUUGAACGGCCAGAGGAAAAGGCGCAUCGCGUGGGUAACAGAGUAGCUCUGAGACGGCAGCGUCUCUUCAAGUCGUGCGUUUCGGGCCCCGUAAGAACUGUGGACGAGUACGCCGCAUGUGCGGUAACUUGCACGCACUCGCGUAUAUCGGUGCAUCCCGUGGAUGAUUGUCUGCUAAACACGUUCACUGGUCACGGUGCCUGCACGCUGGUUGUGGCAGCGCCUGCAAAUGCGCUGGGAAGGGAUUUCUUUCUGGAGUGUGGCGAAGGUCUUUUGCAGUCUGUGCCGGUGUGUGCCCUCAUGCUCAGCGAGGCCCUGAAGCAGGCGCAGUUCUACAAGGCUGAGAAAUGGCGUGCUGCUUUCCACCUGCACAUUGCUCUGCGCUUGCGGUCCGUCGUCAACGUGCAGCCGUUGUGUGCCUUGGCGUUUGCGGCUGCGCCGAAGCAACAACAGGGAGAAGGAGUGGCACUUGCGGCAGCAGAGCGCGAAGCUGUGGUAGCGAUGCGCGUGGCGGGCAUAAGCUUGUUGAGGGGCAGCGCGGGCGUGGCAGGGCCAGCCGUGUGA